AAAUAUCCAUUUCCGGAUCAAAACAAAGAUGGCGUCCGGGACAAAAUGGUCCAUAUUGACAUGUAGGACGCCACACAACUAAUCAUGUUAUUACAAGGAUGGAAAAACUGUUUUCUCCCAGACCCUAAACAUGGAAAAUCAAGAUACCGAUUCAAUAAAAAAUCUAGAAAGUAACUUAGUGGAUACAACAGAAAGUGACUCACAAACAGUAAAUGGAGUGAAAAAAGAAACAUACCAUGGAACUAGUAAUAAUAUAGUACUGUUAUCUAGUACACAAGAAAUUACAAACAAUGUUGACGCAGUGUCAAUCAAAGUAAUAGAAAAUAUUCAUCCCACAAAUAAAAACGUGUCCGAGUCUUUGACAGCAUCUCCAUUUGAUGAUCAUUCCAAAGUAAUUACAAAUGUAGACAAAGAUAUCACGACACAGAAAGAUAGUGGUCAAACUACUGUGAAUCAGGAUAAUGUAGUUAGUGAACAGGGAGAGAAUUUGACUUUACCCAAGCAUUCUUUAAAUACUACAAAUAUUUCAUCCUCAAAAGACUCUUUAAAAAAUAAAAAUGUAACAGUUUUUGAGAACAGUUUAUCAGCGGGAGAAGCUGAUAGUUUGACCUCUAUAAGUGUUACUGUGUCAGACAAGAAUAUGUCAGCGGAUUCACAACCAGUGUCAAGUAUAGCAACAACAACUCACAAGGAUAGUAAACAACAGGAACAAGGGACAUUACUCUCUGAUUCAUCACAGACAAUAAAAAGUGAGAUGCCUAGUCAUGUAGAACAAGCAUCGCAUCAGACUAUAGUCAACAAUAGUGGACCAGUAUACCAUGCAUCAUCUGUUUCUAGUCAACACAUAGAUGUACCAUUAAAUGGCUCAUUGAAAGAAAGUCUUCCAUCCAACAAUGCUGACAACAGCUUAAGUAAGGUUACUUCAACACCAAGUCAGAUUGUUGACAGUAGGCAAAUACCCUUAACUCAACCCACUCAAUUGGAGAGGAAGCAUCCUUCAUUUAGCUUAGCGGAACAUCCUCCUGAAAAUAUUGGAGCACCACCCAAACUAUCAUCAUCAGUACCACCAGACUCUGAAGCAAAAUCUUCAUUGCCUUUACAUCAUGCAUCGGAAGGUAAUCAAACGACAGCAGACAAAGUAUCUGUACCUUCAUCUUCACACAGUUCAUCAUUACCACCGUCAUCAGUGCCACAUAGCUUACCAAUGCCUCCUCAGGCACACGAUAAUAAGAGUAAUCCACAUUUAAUACCAAUUCCUUCAUUACCAAAUUCAAUGAUGUCUCCAGGUAUGGCCAUGCCAGCAGGAAUGAACAUGUUUCCACCACACUUGAUGAAUCCAUAUUUCCCAGGAAUGAUGUUUGAUCCUAGGAUGGCAGCAGCGUUUCAGCAUCCAAUGUUCAGAGGAAUGCCUCCUCUCCAUCCUCGGUACCAACAAACACCUCCUCAAAGAGCUCCACGAUCUCGUGGACCAAGAGGUCCUCGUCAGAGCAAAGUUCACCAACAGCAUUUACCACCAGAAAUCUUAAGACACCAUGGACGACAUCCAGCAUCAGAUUCAGCACAGAUCAAAAUUGAUCCUCUUCUUGAGAAUCCCACAGCACCACACAGCAGUGUUGGUUUUACAACAACGCCACAUGAGUCAUCUCAAGCAUCUUCAUCAAGGUCAUCUACGCCAAGAAGUCAUGCAUCUAUGACUUCACCGGUCACCACACAGGUAGAUGGUAUGCCUCAUUUAGAACCUGGUAUACCAACAAACAUGGUCCAUCCAUCAUCUCAACAGCCGCCGCCAGCACAUUCCCAUGGUAAAUUAGAUAUACCACCUUCACUACCAGGGAUGAUGCCAAUGGCACAUUCUUAUGGAAAACAUGACAUGCCGCCACAUACUUUAGGUGGGAUGUCAUCAACACAUGAAUCUCUACCUCCACCUGCACAUUCCUAUCAUCCAAGUAUAUCAGCAUCAAAACCAACCGUGACAACAACAUCUUCACCAUUUACAGAUUCACCAACUGUAACUACUGUCACAACAACACAUUCAGACAAUGUACCAACAACGAAUGUCUCUGCAUCACUAAAACAACCUUCUUCAUCUGAUGGAAUACCAUUCCUGGCUAUGUCUACGUCAGGUUCUAUACCAACAUCAAGUCAUAGUGUAACUAGUACAGACAUGUCUGUCCACCAAGAUAGUGCUAAGGUCGUUUCUACAGCUGAAACGUCCUUGCCCUUACCAGCCCACUCGCACCCUAUGACAACACAGAAGGUGGCUUCAUCUGGGUCUACUCCAAUGCCUGCUCAUGUUCAUACAAUGGUAUCUACUAACAGCAAUCAAAUGGUUACACAAACAGCACCGAUCAGUAGUGCUACAACAUCAACAAAUGUGACAUCUGCUAGCCAUCAUACUAACCAAGAUGUGCCAUCAUCAAAGUCUGGAGCACCAGAACCUGAACGUGUUCCUUCAAGAGGCUUGCCAACUUCACGAUUACCGCCAUCAGUUCCUGAAAAUCAAGGACAGAUGCCAUCAAAUGCUACCACACCAAUGUCAAUGCCACAUAAUGUGAGCGCACCAAUGUCAAUGCCACAUAAUGUGAGCACACCAAUGUCAAUGCCACAUAAUGUGAGCACACCAAUGUCAAUGCCACAUAAUGUAAGCGCACCAAUGUCAAUGCCACAUAAUGUGAGCGCACCAAUGACAAUGCCACAUAAUGUGAGCGCACCAAUGUCAAUGCCACAUAAUGUGAGCACACCAAUGUCAAUGCCACACAAUGUGAGCACACCAAUGACAAUGCCACAUAAUGCUGGUGCACCAAUGUCAAUGCCACAUAAUGUGAGCACACCAAUGACAAUGCCACAUAAUGCUGGUGCACCAAUGUCAAUGCCAGGACACUUUCAUCAACAGGGUAUGGUUCCCAUGCAUCCAGGUAUGGGUCUACCAUUUAUGCAGCCAGGAAUGAGGGUUCGAGGUCCAAGGAUGUCAAGUGGGAAACAGAGAGGACCUGCACCAGACAUGCCUGCAGGAAUGAUGCCACAAUUCGGAAGAUUUCCUCCUGGUUUUAAUCCAUUCAUGUCCCCACAGAUAGCAAGAAUGGCAAUGUCUCAAGAAAUGAUGGCAUUGGCUCAGAAAAUGUCUGCUGGAGGUCCAACUAUAUCAGAAGGAGAACAGGGAGCAGGUCCACCGAUGCCUAAAUUUGAAAACCUUACACCAAAUCAAAUAGAAUUUAUCAGGGCAAUGAGAAUGAGGCCACCGUUUCCUCAAAUUCCAGGUAUGAGACCAGGCAUGCCUAUGCCACCAAGAAACAUGCCACCUCCACCAAGAUACCCUGGUCCUCCUAUGACAUCUCCAACAGAUGCAGGAGCUCAUCGGCUUCCUGCAAUGCCACAUCCAUCUCUAUCUGGUCAGACGCCAAUGCCACCUCUGGCCUCGCCAACACCCUCAAUAAGGAGUAUCCCAGAGUCACAGAGUCCUCAUCCUUCUGCUUCACCAAUUGCUCCAUCAGCGAGUCCUAUGAGCUCUUUUACUGGAGACAAGACACCUAGUCCUGUUCCCAGGUCUCCAGCUAAUAGUGACACCACGUCAGUGGGAUCAACACCAGUAAAACAGGAGCCAAUGGAGCAUAGAUUCAGUAGCAGUUGUUUAGGAGACGAUAUAGAUGCUAGAACUGCCUCCCAGAAUGCUCUUCUCAAAUCUCUGCUUGCCAACAUGGCAGGAGGACGACCUCCAGGGACUCCAUUCUCAGAGGACUCAGAGGAUGGUUCCGCUCUUCAGUUGACGCCAGAACAACAAAAACAACUAGAAAUGAUUGAGCGUAUGCCUGUCAUCAGAGAGGUGGAGCUCUCCGCUGAAGAUUGGGCAUCUAAAACACCGGAGGAAAGAGAAAAGAUUCUAGAGCUAAGAAAGCAGGCAUUUGAAGAGAAAAGAAAAGAGUUUGAAGAAGUUAGAAAGAAAAGAAAGCCUCCAGCAGAACCAAGGAAGCGGAAAAAGAAGCCCAUGGACCAGAUAUUCCCAGAAAUGUUCGGUGAUGGUCAGAUGAUGAUGCAACAACAGCAGCAGCCACUUCAGCCACCACCCAAGAAACGGCAGCGACGCCCAAAACAGAAGAAGGUGGAUAUGGAAGAGGAUAAAGAUGCUAAAGUGGAGAGCUUCUUGGCACAGUUACGAAUGCUAGCGAACGUGCCACUCCAGGAACCUAAAGUCAUCAGUGCUAUUGUAAAUAGUCCAGUACAUGGCAGUCCAUCUGUACUUACAGGUGAAGGUCAAUUAAAAGGAGAUUUUGGUAAUGCCUAUUUAGAUGGUGUAGCAGAUUUCUAUGGGAGUACCCUGUUAGGUGGAUUACCUCCCCUUGGUUCAUUAGUUGGUUUACAACCACCAAAAACUAUGGAACCAGGAAGGAAGUUAAUAAGUGAUGGACAGGAAAUUGCUGAUCAUCUGAAGCCAAAACCAGGACAUGAAGCAGCAUUCCCAGGUUCCCGUGGAAACACACCAUUCUCUAUGGGUUCUCUGACUGGAAUGGCUCCAAAUCCAGUGGUACCAUCGUUACCAUCACAACCAAGGAUUGAACCUCGAGUGCAGGCUUUAAGGAUGUCUGAUAGUCCUGAUACAGUAGUUUCCUCGUCUUCUCCAGAACAUGAAUACGGAGAUGAAGAAAUGGAUUUCCCGAUGUUGAAACCUAUUGAUCCGCCUGCUGAAGAGGAUCGUCGUUGUUCACCGGCUCUGCCUCUUCUUCAGCCAAUAGCCAUCAAAGCAGAAUCUCUACAAAUCAAAGAAGAAAAGAUUGAAAGAAAAGAAGAUUAUGCAGAAACCUCGAGGCUAAUGGCUGAUGAUAUUAGUGAUAGAAAAUUGGCAAAGUUUGAUCCUUCCCUUGCUGCAAUGGCAGAAAAAGAUAUUACGGGCAAAAGCAAUAGUUUCACUUCAUCUCUGUCGCAUCCUCUCAAAGACAAGGAUAUAUCUGUGACUUUAACCUUAUCAGCCAAGGCAGCUGAGGAUAUUGGUGGAGUUCUGUCCAGUAUAGCAGAACUGUUGAAGAUAGCUGUUCCUCCUACUUACCAAGUCAGCAGGAGUCCAUCCCCGGAUUCACUUAAAAUGAACCUAAAACAUAAAGAAGAUCCAAUUAAUAUUCAUAAUUUGAUAAAAAUGAAGCCAAAGUUUUGUCGUAAUUGUGAUAUGGUGGUUCUAGACAAAGGAUUCAUUAGAAAGAAAUCUGAGAUGCCAUUUAUGAUCAAAGAGGACCAUUUUACUUUCAGGGAAUCAGAAGAUGAAGAUAUAGCUUUCUGUAGUCAGAAAUGUUUUGAGAGAUUUGUGAUGGUGUAUAGAAGUAUAUUUAAGUCUGGGGGAUUGCAUAGUAAACUAGGACAGGAUCCAGCUUUCUUCUCAGACAAAUCACCAUCAGCAGCAUCCCUCAGUCCAUUCCCUUCUACUCCACCAACGAUGGUCAGUCCAAGGGGAUCAGGAUUCUUAACUCCAAACUCUUCAGGGGAGAGAACUCCGCAGUUGACACCUACAACACCAACUGGUGCCCCAAUGCUGAUGGGAGGGAUGGAGUCACUAACACCAACGAGACAGAGGCAAGAAUUGGAAAAGAUUCAGGGAAGGAAACACAAAAAAGAUGUUCCACCUAAGCCUCCACCAAAACGAUGGAAGAAUAUAAGAUAUAAAAAGUGGGAUCCCUCGUUCUCACAAGAACUUCAGCCUCGACCAGAAACACCUAAAAGUGAAGUGGAAGUGCUAUGGAAGGCCCUAGGUACAAUAAUAACUCCAGACCCCAUGCCUGAAGACAAACGGUCCUGUGUGUUCUGUCAGGUUAUUGGUGAUGGCCCAACUGAUGGACCAGGGAGAUUGCUUAACAUGGAUGUAGAUAAGUGGGUACAUUUGAACUGUGCCCUUUGGUCAUCGGAAGUUUACGAAACUUUGAAUGGUGAUUUGAUGAAUGUAGAUGUUGCUUUCAAACGAGCCCAGGCACUGGAAUGUCAGUCUUGUAAAAAAUCUGGAGCUACACUGGGAUGUUUUAAAGUUAACUGUUCUAAAGUUUUUCACAUUGGUUGUGCACAGAAAGCUGGAUGCAUGUUCUUUCAGGAUAAGACAAUUCUUUGUCCAACUCAUGCACCAAAGAUAUUCCCUGACAAUGUGCUGACUAAUUUAUCUGUAUAUAGGAAAGUUUAUGUCAAUAGAGAUGAAGAUAAACAAGUAGCCAGUAUGAUCCGAGGCCAGGAAGAGGGGACUUAUGCUUUAAGGAUCAGUUCUCUAAUUUUACACAGUGUAGGACAAUUACUACCACAUCAAAUAGCAACAGGAAAAUUUCAUACCAGAGAUUUUAUAUAUCCUGUUGGUUUUAAAUCUAGUCGAUUUUAUUGGAGUAUGAGGAGGUUAUAUAAACGGUGUCGGUAUGUCUGUAGUAUUAGUGACAAUGAUGGUCGACCGGAAUUCAUGAUUCGUGUAGUGGAAGCAGGCUUCGAGGAUAUUGUUAUGAAAGACAGUUCGCCACGUUCUGUGUGGUUUAAAGUGCUAGAACCGUUAGAUAAAAUGCGAAGAAAUGCAGACUUAGUGAAAAUAUUUCCCAGUUUUAUGACGGGAGAGGAAUUGUUUGGUUUAACAGAACCAGCUAUUAUCAGGGUGAUUGAAUCUCUACCUGGAACUGAUCUCUUAUUAGACUACGCUUUUAAAUAUGGCCGCUGUGAAUUGAUUGAAAUGCCAUUAACAAUCAAUCCAUCAGGCUGCGCUAGAACAGAACCAAAACUUAGAACUCAUUUUAGAAAAAUGCAUACAUUACAAUCCAGCCAUACUUCACGGUCACUACCUGCAAUGGUAACAGGGGUGACAGGAGACAUUAAUUCUCCGUACAUGAAACAGUUUGUCCAUUCCAAAUCUCAGCAGUAUAGAAGGUUAAAGACAGAAUGGAAAAUUAAUGUCUUUCUAGGCAGAUCUAGAAUUCAGGGACUAGGGUUAUUUGCUGCCCGAGAUCUAGAGAAACACACCAUGGUGAUAGAAUAUAUAGGCUACCUUAUACGGAAUGAAGUAGCCAACAGGUUGGAAGUAGUCUAUGAUGAACAGAAUCGUGGUGUAUAUAUGUUCCGUAUAGACUCUGAUAUUGUUGUUGAUGCCACCAUGGCUGGAGGACCUGCUCGGUAUAUUAAUCAUUCAUGUGAUCCUAAUUGUGUAGCUGAAGUCGUUCCAUUCGACAAAGAAAGUAAAAUUAUUAUUAUUACUAAUCGGAGGAUACCUAAAGGAGAGGAGCUAACUUAUGAUUAUAAAUUUGACUUUGAAGAUGAACAACAUAAAAUUCCUUGUUGUUGUGGUGCUAAACGAUGUCGAAAAUGGAUGAACUAAAAUUUUCACAAAAGAUGAUAACUGCAUUAUAGGAAUAGUCUUGAAAACUUUCAAGUAAUUAUGUGAAUUAGUCAUAGAAAUUGUUCAAAUAGUCAAUUUACUAUAAGAUGAAGUUUUACUUCAAAGGACAAGUAUUGACUUCAGUGACGAACUAUACACAGGAGAUCAGAAUAAAGGAAUAUAACCAGAAAAGUGAGAAACAGAUCUUCGAAUAGUCAGGCAUACAAACAAUUAUAGAGUAAAGAAAAAAUAAGAGUGUAAAGAAAUAAUGAAUUCUGACAAAUAUAUUUAUAUGAAUUACUUUUGUGUAUGAAUUUGUAGGAUGGAGGAAAAACCUAAAAUUGGAUUUAGAUGUCAAAUGUUAGUUUUAUAAUAUUAUGUCUUGAUAAAUAUAUGUGAGAAGAAAGGAAAGAUAUGUAGAAGGAAAGGAAAAACUAAAUUGUAAACUGAAAUAAGGCCAAGUUUUUUUAUACUCAUGUAAGAGAAGGACUGCCACAUACUUUGUGUCUAUGCAUUUUACUUUAACAACAGACUGUUUGAUGCUAAUGGUCUCGUAGAUUUUGGUAUUUCUAGAAUAUCAUAUUGUUUUCCAUAAAAUAAUAGACAAUAGUUCUUCUUUUUAGUUCAAUGAUAGAUAAAUAUAUAUUGACCAUGCAUGUAUAAUACAUGCAUUUAAAUACAUAAAAGAUGUUCAAAUAAAUGGUGAUAACUUUAAUUUAGAUUUUUUAGUCAACUCUUUGCUUUUGUAAAAUAGAAAUAAAGGUAUCACUGUACAAUAUUAUAUGAAAGUGCUAAAAAGAUAAAGCACUAAAAAUAUUGGAGGAAAGAAAUGGAAUAUUUACUUUUUAUUUUUUCCCUAUUGCCAAAAUUUAUUAAGGGGUCUACAGAAUUAUAUAAGUACAGUUAAAAACACUAGGGUAACGCUGGUUGAAUUUAACAUCUGGUUUAGACAAUUGGAUAUUGUUCUUAAAAGGGUCCAAUAAUUUUUGAAACCUUAAUAAUUAGAAAGAACAUAUUUCUUCUUGGAUUGAGCUGAAUCUAGUUUUAUAGAUUUUAUCUUCUUUCUUAAGAUUGAGAAAAUUAUGAACUAGCUGUUUUUCAGUCUUUACUUGAACUUACAGAUGAAUUGAAAGCAAUAAUGUCAUAUUUUCCAUUGACUCAGAUUUAAAUCACAUUUCAGCAUUAAUAUUUAUUUAAAUUUAGCCCAUCGUUGUAGUUAAAUCAGUAGUUACAGAAGAGGCAUUUUUGACCUAGAUUCAACGGUUCAUUGAAUAUUUAUUCAUUCAUGAAAUUUGUACAAAGUGCAUGAAUUAUAUCAUGUAUAUAUAGAGAGGAUCUCAUAGAAUAAAAUGACAUCAAUCAUUUCAAGGUACAGAAUGUGCUGGUUGAAGAUGUUCAUGUUGAAAUCCACAUUAAAUCACUUUCAGUUUGAUCCAAAAAAGAGAAAAUUUCCAUGUCACAAAUUUUCCAUAAUUAUUGAAUUUUAGAUUAGAAUGGUGAUUUUUGUACGUUUUUUUUUCUUUUUUAUCUGAUUGCAGUGUGAGUGUUUGGAAUAUUUAAGAUAAAGGCCAGUGGUUGAAAUAGAUCAUUUAUUAUUUUCAAUUAUGCAGUUUUCAUUACUUUAUGUUAAGACGAAGAAAUGUGUCGAAUGUGGAAUAUCAUAUAGCAAGACACUUAUCACUGAAUUUUCUGUCCAUUCCUUAUUUAUUAAGGCUACAUACCAGUGCUUUAUUAAAUGUCAAACUUUUUAGACAGAAUUCUCUGUUUUUCUUUCCUUCAAUGUUCUCUUUAUUGUCAUUUUUGUUUUUGAUGUGUAAAUUAGAAUUAUUCCUAACUUAUGCGAGACUAAGGGAGGAUUUUUUUAAAUUAUAUAUUUGUUUUACAUAUUUGUGCAAUUAAAGAUUGUUUGUGAACUUAUUAAUCAGAUAAUUAUUGUUUAGAUAUUUCUUUAUAUUUUGUGGUUUGAAUUUUGAACUUAUAUUGAGUGUGUGUUUUCAUAUCAGUUUCUGUAGGUUGUACUGUUGCAUUUUAAAUGAACCAACAAAAUAUAUGAUGUCUGUUUAAUAAGGGUGAUUCCAUUAUAAUGAAUGUGUGAGGGUAGGAUUGGAAGAUUUAUUUUUGGACAGUUCCAUUAUUGUUGAAGGUUCAUAUUACAAUUUACUAAAAUGAGAGUAAAUUUGUUGUACAGGGGAUGUUUGAAAUCCCAUCCUUCUCUCCCACAUUUUUUUUAAUGGAAUAACCCUAAAGUAAAACAAAAACAUUAAUAAUUUUAAACUGAAAAUUUCAAACAGGCAAACUAUUUGGUGUUUAAUAAUAAAGAAAAAGUCAAUUCUUUUCAGCAAAAUUUUAAUUUCAAGUAAAAUUUUAACAAGUAGCUUUCUUAAUUAGAAUUUUAUUGAAACACAAUUGCUUAUGGAAUUGAAAUAAAUAACACAUGAUGUUUUUGUUAGUUGUCAAUUGAAAACAGGUCUAUUAUUAAAACAUGCAUUACACUUGGUUUUCCCAAUGAUCUUGAGUAAAAGUAAAUAUGAAACAAAAUCUAAGAGGGGAAUGUUUGAUUAUUAACAUUACUAAUUAAUGUCUAGAGUAAAUGUUAUUAAUAACUGCAAUCUGAGUCUUAAAAUUAGGCAAGAAUAAUUUAUUUAUUAUAUAUCAUACAUUUAAAACAAAUAACCAUGCUUAAAUGCUUGUGUACAUGGCUAACAUGCCCUCACUUAUAAACUACAUUUGUACAUAUGAAUAUACUAACAUAAAUUUUGUACAAGUUAACCAUUGAAUGUCUUAAUAGCUGUAAAAUUUAUAUUCCAUUAUUUAAUUCAAUCAUUAUCUACAUAAAACAUUUCAUUUUCACACAUUCAUAUUUAUAAAUAAUAUGCAAACUUUAUAUUGUCGAAUGUUAUGUUUGGAAGCAUAAUAAAUAUUUAGCUACCUCAAGACAGUUGAAAUUGAUUUUUCUAUAAAUAACAUUUUCAAUGUAUGUUUAAUUUUUUACAGUCCAAACAGACCGUAUAUUUCCUAUUAAUCCCAAAUAUGAUACUCAUUUGAUGAAGAAAUAUCUGUUCUUGCAUAAAUACUUACCAGAGAAUCAUUUGUUAAUUAUCUCCCUUUGAUAGGUGGUGUUUGAGUUAACUCCCUUUAGAACAUUUUGUGUUGGAGCAUUAUAAUUUUCAGUGCUCAACAUAAUCCCUGACCAGAAGCUUUAGUGUGUUCAUCAUUAAAUAUUUAGGAUCAGUAUAAGUCCAAUAUAUCAACCUUUCCAGUGGCGGAUCCAGCCAUUUGAUAAAGGGGGGGGGGGGGGUUCUAACUAUAUGUCCCCAUUCAAAUGCAUUGAUCCUCCAAAAAAAGGGGGUUCCAACCCCGGGACUCUCCCCUGGAUCCCCCACUGCUUUUACCUUUUUUCUUUGGGUUUUUAAACUUCUAUGAUUAGAAAAAUCACAAAAUAUUUUUGAGAGAUCAUCACAGAGAAAAGUUUGAGUUUCAUUGAUAUUUAAUCAGUGUUAAUUCAUAAGAAUUACAUUUUUUUUUAUCAAGUAAUGUACAAAUAGAUUUAAUAUAGUGCACUUAAAAACUUAUGGUUUCAAUUAUAAUAAUUGUUGCAAGUGAAGAAGCACCACAGGGUCAUGUGAUAAGAAAUGUUGAUUGCAAAGAGUACAACAACCUCUUCUUUGAAGAGUGGACAAAAGGGAGAUUAUAAUUUUUAUAUGUAGCAUGUUUAAAGGAUGAUAACUGACCAAUGUAUCUCACAAUGAAACACAAAAAUUAGAUUAGAAACCACUGUCAUAUACACCAGCCUUUUAAAAACAAAUUCACAUCAGAGUUUUUCAAUCAUAAAAAGGGUCAACUUUUUAUCUGAUCAGUUGAUCAUUUACACAUGUAUCAUACCAUUAUAGAGCUUUCGCUGAAGACUUAAGUUUGAUUACAGCAAUUUAGGUUUUAAGAAAUUUCUACUGUUCCCUUAAAGGCCAAAAAUGCCAUUGCACAAUGAAGAGCAAAGUAAAGUUGUGAGUUUUAGAAUAGAAUGUUCAUCCCAUUAACAUUACAACUAUGAAUUAUAUUUAAAAAACUGAAAGGAAGUCAUUUUAAAUGCAUUUUGUGUAACAGUUCCGAAUUACUCCAAUGUUUAAAUUGUACUUCUCCUUGUACUUGCCCUUGAAGGAAUCAGUAGAGACUGUAUUUCACUUUGUGAUUACUUUUUCAUCAAAUGCUCUAUACAUGUAUUAAAGAUAUUUUGUUGCUUUACCAAAAUAUUUUAUAUUGAUCAAAAUAUAGAACAUACUUAAUUUUUUAUAGCCUGGCAGCUUGGUUACCAUUAUUUUGCUUAGCAGAGUUAUUUGACAAACGAUUUUAUAUAGAAUUUAAAAGAGAUGCCAAAUGAAAUUUAAGGGGUACUGACAAUUUUUUUACCGUUUCCACUUUCUACAUUAUCAAGGCUCAGUGGAAACGAAUUUUUAUGGGUAUUCAUCAUAUUAUACCCUUUAAACCAGAGCUUUUUUUCUCAGAAUUUGGGCCACAACCGUACACAGUCCUGUAAUAUCUAAAUUUUGACAAGAACGGUACAGUCCUGUAAUAUCUAAAUUUGGACAAGAACUGUACAGUCCUGUAAUAUCUAAAUUUGGACAAGAACCGUACAGUCCUGUAAUAUCUAAAUUUGAACAAGAACCGUACAGUCCUGUAAUAUCUAAAUUUGAACAAGAACCGUACAGUCCUGUAAUAUCUAAAUUUGAACAAGAACCGUACAGUCCUGUAAUAUAUAAAUUUGGACAAGAACUGUACGUACAAGUCCUGUAAUAUCUAAAUUUGGACAAGAACCGUACAGUCCUGUAAUAUCUGAAUUUGGGCAAGAACCACAGUCCUGAAAUAUCUGAAUUUGGGCAAUAUCCUUAGUCAUUCUGAUAUCUGAUUUUGGGCAAGAACCUUAGUUAUGUGAUAUCUGAAUUUGGGCAAUAUUCUUACAGUCCUUCUGAUAUCUGAAUUUGGGCAAUAUUCUUACAGUCCUUCUGAUAUCUGAAUUUGGGCAAUAUUCUUACAGUCCUUCUGAUAUCUGAAUUUGGGCAAUAUUCUUACAGUCCUUCUGAUAUCUGAAUUUGGGCAAUAUUCUUACAGUCCUUCUGAUAUCUGAAUUUGGGCAAGAACCUGUCAAUAACAGCACCAUUAUGUAUAUUAAUCUGCACAGGUUUUUUGCUGUACAAUGCUUGUGUGAGUAUUUAUUUCUGAGGAAUGACAAUUUGAUAUGUUUGCAGUUUUAUUCCAUUGCAUAAUUAUAUGAAGUAUUGUACUCUGUUGUUUGUUUGAAAUGUUUUGUGCUGGAAUAUCUAUUGUGAAUGUCUUAUAGAUUGAUAUAGUUGCUCAGUUUUAAUAGAAUUCCAUAUGUCAUAGUACUAAGGACUCAUUUAUAGUUCAUUGUUUUCACUUUUUUAUAUAGUUUGACAUAUGUUGGAUGUUAUAUAUGUUAACUUUGCCUGUGACUGGCUGAAUUUUGGGACAUGUAAACAUUCAAGGUAUAUCAGACUAAAAAAAUAUAAAAAUCUGAAAACUAUUACAAGAAACUUUGUGCAUUUAUGCAAAUUGUUUUGACAAAUGAAAGUUAUUAUAUAAAUUUGUGUAUUCUGCUGUCUUGUAGGAAUUAGCAAGCUACCAUUUUACUAGUCAAAUUGUUGAUUGAAAUACAUAUUAUAAAGUAAAAGUUAAAAAUGUAGUUUCAAAACAAACCUGCUGUUGAAUAUUUGGUUCGUUUUGUAAUUUUGAAGUGUUUGAAAAAAACAUUUUUGGGUUUCAGAGAAUCCUAUUUGAAAUUUAUAGUAAAUUUUAACUGUUAUUAAGCCUGUUUGAUUGUAAAAGUAGAAAAGGGGGGGGGGGUUGUGACACUGGAUGACAUUUUGUCCUCAUUUUAAACUGAACUAUAAAUGAGUCUUCAGUGUUUUUAGCAAAUAACAUACCAUAGUAGAUAACAUUUAGUAAAAAUUAUUAAAAAUUUAACUUUAAGUUGUACAAAAUCCUGUUUUAUUUGUGAAAUGUUUAUUCAGUGUGUAAAUAAUGUACAAUUUGUCUGUCAGAUGAUCUUUACAUUAUAAAUAUUUUAUACCGACUUAUAUUAGAUAUUUGUUAUUAUGUGUCAAACAUUAGUCAGUUGUUCUCAGAUCAUUUCAUAGAUGUUGUAUGUUUUAAAGAUUUUUCAUAUUCUAGAUGUAGGUGAAAACAUUUUGUUAUUUUUUUCUGUUUGUAAAUUAUACAUUGUAUGUAUUUCAUUACCACAUCAGUUCUACAGAUCUUUUUCAAACAUUUUAAGGAGUUGAACCAUUUGAGAUUUCUUGGAAAUUCUUUUGGAAUUUAUUAAGGAAAAUCAGCUUUAUAAUCUAAAAAAAUUGUAGCUACUACUAUUGUCAUAAAUUUUUGUUUGAGCUGUUGAAGUGAUAAUUUUCUGAAUUAAGCUAUGAGAGGUUAAAUCAGAGAAUGGAUGACAUCAUAAGCUAAUGCCAAUGUCAUGACCUUAGAAAUUAGCAUGAAACAGAUUAUCUAUGGCCUUCUAUUUAAUAAAUUAGUAAAUGGUAUGGAGCUGGUCAUUAGCACAAUAAAAUGUAAUCAAGAAUCAACCAAGGAGAUAUUCAAAAUAGUUUUCUGUCAAAGUUUCAUAACCUUAUAAACAGUUAACCUGUAUUAAAGGCAAUGAAAUAUUUUCAAGGGCUAGUUUUAACUUCUAUUUUAUAUGUAGCUAACUUUUUUGACAUGUUAACCAAUAGGUACAGAUCAAUUUUUUUUAUUUUUAUUUUAAAAAAUUGGCCAGAGGGUAAAAUCAAAAUGGCACUGUUAUUUUUACCAUCAUACAACAUGUAUAUAGAAAAAUAUUGCACAUUUAACCACUUUUUGUCAAAUAUAAAGGAGAUGGCUGUCUGGCACAUCCAACCCUAAUAAGGAAUUUUAAUUUGUGAAUUGCUGAUAACUAAACCAAUUGAUUGUUUGACGAAUUACAUAAAGGCAAUAAAUUUUAUACAAAGAUUUUGUAUUUAGAUAUUGUUGAAAUUUAAGUAGCUAACUUUUGUAUAAUUGUUGUUAGAUCCCUACUUGUAUUGUACAGACUAUCACAAAUUAUUUAAGAAUAACAUAUUUUGAAAUUUUGAAAUGCAAUUGUAAACGCUGUAGUUCUGUGUGUGUCCCACUAUUUCAUGAGAGAGUUUUCAGAAGACUUUUUGUCCACACAACAAAAAGAAAUCAAAAAUAAUCUUCAUCUUUUAUUUAAGACAUUGAUAUUGGUCUUUUUUUUAUUAUUAAAAAAACAAACUUUUUGCAAAUAUCUUUUAGUAUAAUUUUUAUUUUCCCAACAUGUUAUAAUGUUGUUUCUUGUGCAAUCAUAGAUAAAAGAUGUCAGAACCAAAGUUACUGUUUCUAAAUUUUCAAGAUUAAUGAAACUUAACUUAUAUAGAACUUCUGGAUUUUAAUAUUUUCCACUAAGUACACUAUCUGGAUUGAGUUGGACCAGAUUUGUUAAAUUGAGUUGCACAAGAAUGUAAUACACAAUGCUUAAAAAUGCAUAUUCAAAUAAAAACAAGUUGCAUUUGUAAUAAAAUGUAUAGUUAAUAACUUCUGAAUUUCAAUUCUCUAUUCUUCUUUUUCUUUUCUUCUGCUGUCACAUUUUAUAAGGUUUUUAUAUUUAGUGUAGAAGAUAGAAAUAUUUUGUACAAAAAAAUGUCUUGAAUUUCCUUUCUUAUUUUCUUAUAAACUCAGGCCUGGAUGCCUAAUUGUAAAUUAUUAUAAUGUGAAUAAUUUAUACAAAUGAAUUUUAAUACUGAUACUAAAACAGAGGAUCAUUAACACAGCAGAAAUUGAAAACAUGAAUUGUAACUAAAAUAUUCAUUUAACAGUCUAAAUCCCUCAUAUUUUUUAGCUCUGGUUGUUUUCAUGUAAAUGUAUAUUAAAUUCACAACGUUAAAUUAUGUAAAAUUCAUUUUUUAGUCCUUUUUUUUGUAUGUAAAUUUCACCCAAUAAAAUCAUGUAAGUUUCAUGUAUUAUCCAUCUUAACAUAUAGUGCUAUCAGCAGACGAUUGUAAUUAUAUCAGAAUAAAAUUUUAUCACAUGUU